AUGAACUUAGAUGAUAAUGAGCUUAUAAAUACGAUAAAGAAGCAGAAUAAAAUAGACACAGUAAAUAUGCGAAUUAUGAAGAGAAUGGUCAAAGUAAAGAAUAAUGAUCAAAGAAGAGGAAAUGAAGAAGGAUCAAUAAUAAUGGAAGUAGAUGAAGAGACACACGAGAUGAUAUUGCAGAAAACAAAACUAAAUAGUUUGAUAGCGCAUAAGGAUGAGAUUCAACAUCAGAUUAUGAAGAAAAUAAAUCCUGCGUUCUUAGCAUUAUCGGAGACCAGAUUGACUGAGGAUAUUGAAGACAGUGAAGUGAACGUUUCUGGUUAUAAUAUGACUAGAUGUAAUGCUGAGAAUAGAAAUACAGGAGGCGUUGUUCUAUAUGUAAGGAAUGAUAUUAUUUACGAGACGGUGUCAGUACAAAAAUUAGAAUCGAAUUGUUGGUGUGUCGCGGUAGAAGUGAAAGAUAAAUUAUAUAAAGGAGUGAUAAUGGUAAUAUAUCACUUACCAAGCGCAUCGCACGGGGAUUUCAUGAGAUUUUUCGAGGAUAUAGUAGAGGAGUUAAUAAUAAAGGGUGAAUGCAUGGUAAUAGGAGAUUUUAAUAUAGAUCUUAUGACGGACUCGUUUUAUGCGAAGAAAGUGCAAACGGCAAUGUUAAGCUUGGGUAUGAAACAGUAUGUUAACGAACCGACGAGAAUCACGAAAGAUAUUCAAACAAUUAUAGAUCUAAUCUUCGCUAAUAGUAAUAAAAGAGUGCAAGUAAUUCAUGAACCCAAAAUUACGGACCACGCGUGGCUGGAAGUUGAGUUGAGUGUGAAUAAAAUUGAAAAUAAAUAUAGAGAAUUUAGCGCUAGGAAUUACAAAGAGUUUGAUGAAGAGGAUCAGUCUACAGGCGCAGGUAAAAGAAUUAUCUAUGCUAUAGAAAAUAUGGAAACUAUGGAAAAUUUUGAGGGAAUCACGGUAGAGCAUCUAGAGAAAAUUAUUAAAGGACUGCCAAAUAAGAAAGGCACGGAAGAGGGAAUAACUAGUGAUAUAUUAAAAGCAACGUUUUGCGUAAUAAAAGAGGAAUUUGUUGAUAUAAUAAAUAACUCCCUGAGAGAUGGUUGCUGUCCAGAAAGUUGGAAAACGUCUACAAUAAUAUCGAUUCCAAAAGUAGAUAAAGCCAAGAAGGCGAGUGAAUUUAGGCCUAUUAAUGUGUUACUUAUAUUUGAGAAAGUGUUAGAAUUGGUAGUAAAAGAGCAAAUUGAAAGGUAUUUGGAAAAUAAUAGUAUUAUAAUUGAACAUCAAUCGGGCUUUAGAAAACACUAUUCAUGUGAAACAGCGAUUCAAACUAUUGUGGACGAAUGGAAACUGAUAGUCAGUGAAAGGAGAAUGGUGGGGGUAAUUUUCAUGGAUCUGAAGCGAGCAUUUGAAACGAUAGAUAGGGAAAGAUUAUUAGGGAAAUUAUAUCGAUAUGGAAUCAGAGGAAAGGUCCUUGAAUGGUUAAACUCAUAUCUAAAGAAUAGAACACAGCAGGUGCGAUUUAAUAAUAAAUAG